UAAAUAAUAUUUGCAGCGCGUACAAAAAUGUUUAUAGAAUUUUAUUGUAUAAUUGAGUACAACUAGAACAACUUAUACACUUUGACUAUGCUGCGAAGUCUGGUGCGCAGCAUUCAAAAUGCUUGCAAAUUACACCUCAACUCGAAAGCACACACAGCCCCUCUUUUAACAAGAACAGCUUGUCGGGCGCUAUUUACACAAUAUGAAUAUGAGGACAACAGGAUAUUGAAGAAGCCGGCGAUGGCUUCGGCCAGAAUUAGUAGCCAUGCGUCACAAAUCGGCAACGAGACGGAUAGUGACUAUGUGCCGUAUCAAGCAAAUCUGGAAACAGGCAGUCGGAUCAGUGUUUUGAUUGAAGCGCUGCGCGUGCGUUUCCGUUUCACGGAGGCCGAAGUGCAGCGCAUUGUAAGUGAUGAUCAAGUGCAGCGCUUCUAUCGGAAUCGAUUCCUAAUUCAAACGAUGGAUACACUGAUAAUGCAAGGUAUCACCAAGCAUAGCUUUGUUGAGUACCCCUGGCUGCUAGCCCUAGACCAGAAACGCCUGGAUCUCAAGCUGCAGCUAAUCAAAACAAUGCAAAUGCAAGACAUUAACCACUUUGUUGCCUUUCUGCGCCUGACGCUCCCACGCCUUCGGAAGCUAGUGAGUGCCUUAAAUGCGGAAACCGGAGAGUUAUCCCAAAAGAAUCGGGUCUACUAUAUAAGCGAGAAGUUAGAAGUUCGUCCAGAGAUUGUCACCAAAUAUCUGUCCAAACGAUUGUUUAUACUGGAAAUGCCCUAUGACAUGUUUGAGAAGAACCUCCAGCACAUGAUUCACUACAAUGUAUCGCCUAUCAACAUACUUAAGGAUCUGUGGGCCUUCCGCUAUACACCCAAAUCGGUUGAGUUGCGCUUUGAACGCGCCAAGCGUGCCAAAAAGGACAAAAUAAUGCCAUGGAUGGUCCGCUGUCCAGAACCAAUUUUGCAACGUUCUCUUAAGCUUUCACUGGACGAGCUACAGGUGCUGGGCAAGUUCUCCUCAGUUGUGGAGUAUUUGGCACAUCGUUUGGACUUCAACGUAAGUGAAGCCAAGGCCAUUAUGGACAGGCAUCCACAAGUGCACACAGUUCGUGUUACCAAGAUCAAGGAGGUGCUGGACUAUUUACUUAAUGAAGCCAAGUUCACGCGGUUCGAAAUUGCUCAAGUGCCGCGCAUUUUAUGUCAUAGCCUGAAGACCACGCAAAAGCGCAUGGAGGAGCUGGCGUCGUACGGCUGUCGACCUUCUACGCUGGUAAUUCUCUGCCGGAGUCGACGGGAAUACGAGAAGUUCUUACAACAAUGGAUCGAACAGCGGGGAACAAAACAGCAGGCAACCGCAGAGUAGCCUAAUGGCAACCUCUGAUUAUUUUGUGCAACGAUUGAUGCCCGACGAGCAUAAAUAAAAAGAAAAACCAAACAACAACACUAGAUUUUCCACAAAUACAUAUAUAUUGACAGACAUUUGAACACUGC